UGCAAACAAUGGCUGAAGGGCAUGAUCAACAAAUUCUUGUAGAUAGGCAUGUGGUGAAGAAGGUUUACUUUGACAACAUUAUGGAUUCACUGAAAGAGAUUUCUAACAACUCAGACGAGAUUCUUGCCAAAACUUUAAAAUAUGGCUACGAAGGAGAUCAUGAGAUUCGUCUAAUGAUUUUAGGCAUGUUUGGCGCAGGAAAGACAUCUCUUGUCAACAAUCUGAUAAAUAACUUUAGGAAUGAAAACAUAAUUCCUUUGAGCACAGAAGGUUUUGACCUGCACAGGUGUAAGCUGAUAGAUAAUGGUGACUGGUGUUUGGAUAAAGAAUUAAAAUAUCUUAAAUAUCACAAUAGAUACAGAACAGCCUUAAAGGAAACCAAAAUAAUCGGUAAAAUGUAUAGCACAAGCAGGGAGGCAUCGGAACCUGGUAUCCUAAAUUUUGAUUUAGAGCAACCAUCAAUUUCCUUGGAAGAAGUACUGCACAAUGUCAAAGAACAAAGAGAUGAUGAGGGGAUAAAGGACAUUAUUAAAGUUGUUCAGAAGCUACCUGAAAUGUAUGAGGAUGUUCCUGUCAACAUACCUGCUCCCGUUAUAAAGAAAGACAUCACUGUGUCUGUUUGGGAUUUUGCAGGCCAAACACUCUACUAUUCUACUCAUCAGUUUUUCUUGAAUAAAAGUUCUAUAUAUUUAGUUUUAAUGGAUUUGACAAAAAGUUUAGACGAUCCUGUCAGAGAAGGGGAUAAGGCAUGCGGAAUCUUGUGUGGUUUGAUGAAGGACUGCACAUAUUUGGAUGUUUUUAAGUUUUGGCUUAAUGCGAUCCACAUGUAUAGCGGUGAUGGGUCAUCAGUAGGAAAAUUGCAGCCAAGCAUUAUUUUAGUUGGCACGCGUAAAGAUGAAAUGACGGGAACCAACGAUGAAAAAGAAAUUAAAAAUGAUUUGUAUUUUGAGAAAGCACUGCAGAGGGCUUUUGUUAAGGGUUCGCCCAUAUUAAAGCAUAUUCAUCCCCGGAAAUUCUUGGUUAAUAAUUUGUCUCCUGCAGAUCCAGUUUUUAACCAGUUGAAAACGGAAAUCCUUUGCUUGGCUGAGAAUCAAGAAUAUUGGGGUAAAAAGAGACCUAUUAGAUGGAUUCUAUUGGAGCAGUCAUUGGAUAAAUUGAGAGAUGAAGGAAGACAGCUUCUUCAAAUGGUAGACAUUCAAAACGCAAAUGAAUCAAAUGUACACCCACUUGGUGAGGAUGAACUCCAAUUGUUUUUGGAGAUUCAGCACAGGCAUGGGAACAUACUAUAUUUCAACACAGAUCAACUUAAAGGUCUGAUAAUUCUUGAUCCGCAGUGGAUCAUUCAAGCAUUCCAGUGCCUUAUAACUCAUGUAAAGAAUAAGAACCCAAGCAAUUUCGAUGCAUGGGAAGAUUAUACGAAUCUUGCUAUUCUUAAACCUGAGGUUUUUAAUGAAAUUAUGGACAAAAGUGCAAAAACAAUAGGUGACAACAGAGUUUAUGUCAUUAAGUAUAUGGAGCAUCUAGAUGUUAUGGUAAAGCCAUUUACGUUUGAAGAAGCUAAAGAAGCCAGAAAUAUGGCUGCUGAUCUCCAAAUUGAAGAAGAUAAACAUGAUGCCGGUCAACAGUUAAAUACCAAAUAUCUUGACUUCCAUAUUGUUCCUUGUCGACUAAAGAAACCACCACCUUUCAUAUCCGACUUAACUUCACCUAAAGCAAAGAAAACAACACAGGUUUUAUGUUUUGUUUUUUCUGAGAAUUUUAUGCCUCAAUCGUUCUACCACAGACUUGUUGCUUUAUGUAUUCGCACUUGGCCUAUCAGCCAAGAAGGCGACGAAACCCUGUUAUACAAUGGAGUUGCUGUGUUUGACAUUCAAUCACAUUCAGCAUACACUUUGACAAUCUGGUACCAGGACCACAUCAUUUAUGUAAGACUAUCUUCUUGGUCGAAGAAAUACACUGAAGAUAUAGAUUUCCAAUUAUGUAAAGACGUCAGGCACACUCUUCGGAUGUGUUUGCUUAAUUGCGUUGGUCAAUCUGUGGAUAAUCCUAGGACCGCUACUGCAUUUGAGGAGUACAUUCAGUGUCCAUUCAUGCAAGAGUUUUUACACAAUAAAGGCAUGCUACGAGUGGCUGACUUCAUGUAUGACAAUGAAUUAAUUUGCAAAGCGUGUCGUCCGCGUCAUACAGUGGAACGAGCAGAGGCUUUACAAUAUUGGUACAAACACACCUUAGAUCUAAUAGACUCGGAUGAUGAUGAUAGACCAGCGGAGGACAGUGAUCUUUGGAGCGCUGCUAGUUCCAUAGGUAAUGAAUAUUGGAUGCUGGGCAUUGAACUUGGUUUGACAGAUGCGCGAAUGAACACCUUAUACUUUGAAUGUGGACAGAAUAAUCGUUUAUUCAGUUACAAGUGUAUGGCAGAAUGGAGGAGAAAAGAGAGUGAAAAAGCAACUAUUCGACGGCUAAAUAGAGCCAUAAAUGCUGCAAAAUUGUACUGCAAGAAGUAGAACAAAAAACAGUUAUCUUUUGAAUAUCAAGAUCAAUGCCAAAAUUGGUCGCAUGAUAGUUCAUUAUUCCUCUGAAUAUACAGUUAAACAAAGUAAGUUGGAACAAUUGAAAUGAUAUCUAUUUGUAAUUCUGAGCAGCAGAAAUAGUUAUGUUUUUGUGAAUUCAUUAUAUACUUCUUCUUCAAAAAAUAUAAUUGCAAUUUAAUCGCAGGAUGAAUUUAAAGCGAGAUUAUACGAUUUUGUCAAAUAUUUAUUAAUUUAUAUAAAACGUGUAAACAACUUAUUAAACAUAUAUUUCAAUAUAAAUUAAAAAUAAAAGUUAAGAAUAACGUGUCGAAAAAUGCGAAAUAAGCCGGAUAUUUAAUUCUGAAAUCGAAAAUGUCUGUACAGUCGAAUUCGCCAGCAUGUAAAUCAUGCAUGCACGAUGUGAAUCUAAAUUAAGUUUAACGGUUCAUUUUAAAUUCCUGCAACGAUAUCUAUGCAUACGACACACGAACACUAACUUAAUAGACGAAUGUUUCGGUUAUUGUAGGAAAAUAGGUACGAAAUAUCUUCGUCACAAUCGGCUCGGGGCGCUUAUUUGUCUUUGCUGCUUUUUAUGAUAUUCGUCUUCAAUGUGUAAUUUUUCUUGCCUAUUUGUUAUUGUAUCAUAUUUUAUCAAUAUAUUACAAUUUAACACAUAUAAAAAAUCGUGUAAUCGCUUUAAUUUCAUGAAUUGUUACAUUUUACAAAAAAAAGUGUAAACAAGGACCUGCUUUGGUGCAUGCUUUGAUGCAUGAACAUUUAACAAUAAGAAAAGGUUGGUAAUUGAAAAAGAUUAAAAAUGUUAGAUUAUGAUUUGGGAAAUAUUUUUUUAAAGAUUUGUUUUUAUAAAAGAUAGAUAGAUAGAUAGAUAGUGGUUGAAAUCUUCAGAAUGAAAACUUAAAGCAUCUGAACUAGACGAAGAAAUCCUAUAUUUUCUUAUCAUAUGCCUUUUUUGUAUUUUAUAUGUAUUUUAAAACACGUUAGUACGUGUGUCGCCCAUUCAUCACUGUUGCUCAUGUGUCAGUGUCAGAAGUGUUUUUGUUUCUUGACAUGUUUUGGUGAGUUGUUCAAUUUACAAAAAAAGCAAAAUGUUAACUUUAAAAAACAAACAAAUAUGGCAUUGUUUUUUAUACGUUAAAUAAGUUUUAAAUGUCAUAAAAUAACUACUUUGGGUACAAUAUUUACAAAAGAGUAGAUUUUUGCAUGAUUCAUGCGUUCGUGACCGCAUGUUUUUAAGAACGUGCAUGCUUACUUUUAAUGUAUUCAUAUAAUGCAAACGUGUCUAUGAUGUGUGUUAAAUGUAAGCAAAUUUACAUUCUGCAUACAUUUGUUAAUUUUGAUGUUAAAUUUUAAAUUCAGAUAACCAUGCUUUGUUGCUAGCUAUACACACUGAUAUGUUGAUUUCUUGUUGCCAAUACUAUCAUGUAUUUUGUUUUUGAGCUCACCUGAGCAUUACGUGCUCAUGGUGAUUUUUUUAUUAAUAUUUAUAUAAUGUAAUAUGUGUAUUUCAUAUAUUUUGACAACAAACUCACUAAAAGGACAAAAUAGGAAAUUAUGUAAAAUUGCUUUUCUAUACAACAAUAUUUAAACAUCUAAAUAGGCAUCAUUUUCAGUAUCGAUUUUUUUCAAAUAAUGUACAUUUAUACUUUGACAUCUAGCAAAACUAAACUAACACAAUAUAAUAUUAAAUGGACACCUACAAAUUGAUUGAUGUUCUUUGCUGUAAGCUAUGUGGCUUUUUUAGACAUUUAAGUAGCUCAUCUGUUUCUUUACUAGAUGAUUAUAAUUGUGUUUUAUGGUUUCAUGUAUAUUUCUACUUUAUGCAUUUUAAUAAUUUACUUAUUGGUGUACACGCUGUAGUAGUAAUAAUUAGACCUUUGAAAGUUGAAAUGUAUUGCAGAUAGAUUGACAUGUAUAUGGGCGUCUUUGUUAUCUGAACGGUAUUUAACUAAGAUUAGGUUUAAAAAUUUAAGCAUGUUUUGUAGUUUGUCAUUCAAUGAUUUAAAUUGAUAAAUUUAAAAAUUGGAACUAAAUAUAUCCAGCAUGAAACACAAAUACAAAUGAAGAGAGACGAACAACGUAAUCCACAGCUGGGCUCGAACCCCUGACCCUUGUAGUAAAAGUCUAGAGCUGCAGCCUAUUUUAUACCAUGUGUACGCAAUACCUCGUCAUGUCACAAAAUAUUACGAUGAAAACAAACUCCAAAUAAUUCAAUCGUUGCGCAUUUGUAACACUUUAUUAUUUCAGGUUUUUUAAUCGUCAACAGAUAGAUGAAAUGGAUAUUUAUAGCCUGGUAAAUGUUCAGUAUUACUGUUUCCUCGCAAAUAACAUAAUUACAGCGAAAAUUGGUCAGUUAACCAAAACGUUCAAAGGUAGAGAGGAAACUUUAAAGUUAUCAUUUGGAUAAAUGCGCAAUAUUCCCAUUUUAUAUGUAUAAGGAUAUUC